AUGGGGGGCUGCGCAUCGUCGGUGAAAAGGAAAUGUCAGUUCCGGACGCACAGGAACAAUUCAUGUAAGAGCAUAUCUAAUUCAGCUCCACCUGACGGCGAUCGAGCAGCCGGGUGCGUCAGUGUAGCCGCCGAGGACGCGAUGAAACCGAAUAAUGGAAAUCCGGCGUCUAGAGCGGCAGCAGAGGCAGUCAUACCACAACUACCAAGGUGGGGUGACAAGGUGCACACCGCCGAAGAUGUGUCACUCGAGUUCUUACCUGCUUGCUUGGUAUCCGCCGAGCAUGAGCUGUUGACUGUGAGUCUUCCGGACGCAGAGAGACAAGACCAGAAGACAAAUAACGCCCCUCUGAAGGACCACGUUGCUUCAUCUGAGUUUCCUGUUCAUAAUAUGCCAGACGUUACGUGUGAACCGAGAGUCCUGCUCUGGAAUGAAGAGUUCGGAAAACAUGUUCCUUUUGCAGUGCAGCGGAAACCCUCCUACAGUGAGCUUGUGACCGCUGAACACUCUCGAGUGACAGAGGGCUGUUCCAUCAGUUGCUACUUGUCGAACCAAACCUCUGAGCAACUCCUCCGCCGCAGAAGUCAAAAAUCGGAGGAGCUGGAAGGAAUGAGGCAACUUCUAAGAGAAGAAUCGGCGAUCAUGCCAGCCAAAGACCAUCUCAUGACGGCAAAGCAUAACGCACAAGCCGGAGGGCCUGUGGUUGCUGUAUGCGAGUCUCGUGCAUUGGCAACAAGCUCACUCGCUCUUUCAGAAAAAGCAUACCACGACAGACCCAUGAUCGAGACUGAAAAGAAUGAAGAACAGUUUCAGGUACAACCAUCUGUGGCAGCGACGGCACAAGCACACGACCUCCUUUCCUGCGGCGCCCCCUGCCAUCUACAAAAGGAAAAAACUGAGCGGCCGGAAGUGGAGAAAAAUGACGCGACAUUGGAGAUAUGGCACGAGCGAGAAGAUCAUCCACUUGAGAAUCUUGUUUAUCAACCGAAAGAAGACAGUACCGCCUGUGGCACCAGCCCAUUGGGGGCGCCUUCCAGCAAAGCAGAUACGCCCACAGUUACUCAGCGCAUCUGCAGCUUAGCAGAUGGUCUGCACAUCCAGGUAAUUUUUUCGAAUGAAACUACUCCGCAAAACCAGAUAUGGAACUGA